AUGCGCUUGCUCGGCGUCAUCUUCUCGGUGGUGUUCCUGGUUGCUGGAAUUGGUUCCGGCUCAGCACUCGUCGACCCUGGCAACUCCGACAUCGCUUUCCUCAAUCUACGGGUACUUACCGAACGGGAGUUGGUGGUAAAACCAAAAAGGCAUUUAAGAUCGACGAGUGGAGAAGAGAGGGCGGGUACGUCAGGUUUUUCACAUCUUGCCGAUGGGAUCGUCGCCAAGAUGAUGAAGGCGGCGAAGAUGAAUCCAGCGAAAGUUUUCGAACAAAUGCGUUUUGGAGAGGCCAGUACGAAGCUCAGCAGCAACAACAAUGCGUUCAUAGAGUGGCUCCGGUACGCGGACAACUUCAUGGCGACUAAAGGGACGGAACAGUUCUCCACUCACUACUUAUUCAACUUGUUUUGGAAAAGUGGCCAUUCCAAGGAAGAACUGAUAGAGCUUUUUCAGUCGCUUAGUCGUGUUCAGGGCAUGAAGGGUCUCGCAAAUACGAAGCUGCACAUGUUCAAAGCAUCGAGGGACAGCCGCACGUUGAUGAAUACAAUGUGGCUAAAAGCCCUGGAAACUCCCGACGAAGUAUUUACCACGCUACGACUCGCCGACAACGCUUUAGACGAUUACUAUCGCCCAGAGCUGAUUGCAUGGCUUCAGUACUCUGGGGACUACAACAAACAGCUGAGGAAAGGGUUUUCUGCAAAGGAGACCUUAAAUUUCUUGAUGAGAGUACCUCACGAGAAAGAGACGGAAUUUGGAUUGCUAUUCCAAAGACUUGCCAAGGACAAAGCGAUCAUGAACGAUGCUGGUAUGAGAGUAAUCGUUGAAAAACUACAGGCUCGACUAUUCAAGACCUGGAUCAAUGCCAAUGUGACACCAGAUAAACUCGGAGUGUUGAUUGCAAGUCCGGUUACUAAGAACUGGGAGCGCGUUUUCAGUCUGGCGGUAACUGACCCCAAGUUCGUGCUUCUAGAGACGUAUACGUUGCAGUAUGCAGCGAAUCGUGGAGACGACGUGUUGGAGAACGUGAAAAAGUUGUUCAUCAAGAACAAACCGGUUGAGGCACUCACAAGCGCCAUGAAGAGCUAG